AUGAGGCCUGUGUUUGUAGGGAACUUCGAGUACGAGACUCGACAGUCGGAGCUGGAACGUUUGUUUUCAAAGUACGGAAGGAUCGAGCGGGUUGACAUGAAAUCCGGUUUGCCAUUGGUUUAUUUUGAGGAAGAACGUGAUGCUGAAGAUGCUAUACGAGGACUUGAUAAUAUUACUUUUGGCUAUAAUCGACGACGGCUGUCUGUGGAGUGGGCUAAAGGUGAACAUGGUCAGCAUCGUGAUGGUUCUAGGUCAGUUACAAAUCAGAGGCCCACCAAAACCUUGUUUGUUAUCAACUUUGAUCCGAUCCGUACUAGGGAUCGUGAUAUACUGAGGCACUUUGAGCCAUAUGGGAAGGUUAUUCAUGUUCGCAUUGGGCGGAACUUCGCGUUUGUGCAGUUUGCCACACAAGAGGAAGCUACUAAAGCCCUUGAAGCUACGCAAAGGAGCAAGUUACUGGACAGAGUUGUGUCUGUUGAAUAUGCUUUAAGGGAUGAUGAUGAGAGGGAUGACAGAUAUGGUAGCCCUAGAAGAGGAGGUGGUGGGGAUAGUCCAUACGGGAGGUCCCCGAGCCCUGCAUACCGCAGGUGUCCAAGCCCUGAUUAUGGUAGGGCACGUAGUCCUGUUUACGACCGCUAUGACAGGCACCGGAGUCCCGAGUAUGACAGAUUCCGCAGCCGAUCACCUGUUCAAAGGUCCCGAACGUAG